CAACAGCAUCUAGACUGCCGAUUGUCUCUAACAAGCUUUCGAACAUGUGCAAUUGAGUUUGGAAGUGAGCACUCCGCACUUUUCACGCCAGAAAAAAGUUGUAUUGUUACAAAUUUCCAGUCGUGGUUGGUGAGAGUUCUCUAGCGGCUUGUUCAUCCAAGACAAACCAAGCUCCAAGACAUCUGACGAUCAUGAAAUGCACGACCAAGAGCCUCGUCGUCUGCCGCGAAAAGGAAAGAACAAGGCUAGCGUCAUAAGUACUCUUGGCUGCAGAUUCUCCUCUCUCUCUUUCUUAUCCGUUUGCAAUAUCUCUCUUGUCAACAAAUAUUCGAUUUGCUACGCAGCAGUGAUACUUACAGCAUAUUGUAGGGAAAGAAGCGAACAGGAAGCAUGGCAUACAAUCAGCCUCAGCAUGGAGGCGCUGCAGACGCGUACUAUGCAGAAGGUCAACAACAGCAGCAACCUCCCUAUCUUCCUCCUCAACAGCAACAAUACGCGCCUCCUCAAGGUCCUCCACAACAAUACACCCAGGCACCUCCUCAAUAUGGCCCAAAGCCAACACAGGGCGAUGGCAACGAGAAGAUGGCAUUCGAGCAAACUUUCAAACUGGAGCGUCCGAAAUACAAUGAUAUCUGGGCUGCAAUAUUGUUUCUCUUGACGUUGGGAGGUUUCGUUGCCGUUUCUGGGCUGGCAAUUCAUGGGUAUGCUGCGAAAGGAAGUGGGGGGAUUUAUGAUGGCAACAGCUCUGUUUCUUUGAACAGUAAUACGCUUAUCUUGGUUGCUUUCGUCUUGGUCGUCGCUUUCGUUGUGUCCUUGGCAUACUUCUGGAUUAUUCGUGCUUUUACAAAGCAAAUCAUUUGGAUUACCGGAAUUCUGCAAAUCGUCUUCGGUAUCGGCACUGCUAUUGUAUACUUUGUCCGAGGCUAUUACGUCCCCGCUAUUGUCUUCCUGGUCUUCUCGGUAUUCUACAUUAUAUGCUUCAUAUCCUGGAUUCCUCGGAUCCCUUUCUCGGUCUUGAUGCUGCAGACAGUGAUCGAUGUCUCCAAGAACUAUGGACAUGUCUUUGUUGUCUCCAUACUUGGUGGUCUCGUGGCUACUGCCUUUGGAGCUUAUUUUUCAGUCACGUUUGUGGCUAUCUACUUCAAGUACUAUCCAGGUUCUCCAGGUUGUGACGCCAGUGGUGGAGGUUGCAGCAAGGGAAGGGUCAUUGGAUUACUUGCUUUCAUCACCUUUGCAGGCUACUGGAUCACGGAAGUCAUCAAAAAUGUCAUUCAUGUCAGCAUUUCAGGAGUCUAUGGCUCAUGGUACUUCUGUGCGAACAAACCUGGCGGCUUCCCCAAAGGUGCAACACGUGGUGCCUUCAAGCGAUCGAUAACCUACAGCUUCGGCAGUAUCAGCUUUGGUAGUUUGAUUGUAGCAUUGAUUCAAUGUCUUCGCCAAGCAUGCUCUAUCGCCCAGAAAAACGAGGCAGCUCAAGGAAAUGCCUUGGGUGCGAUUUUCUUCUGCAUUCUGCAAUGCUUCAUCGGUCUUCUGGAUUGGGCUAUUCAGUUUAUCAAUGAGUAUGCGUUCUCAUACAUUGCACUUUAUGGGAAGGCAUACAUUCCAGCUGCUAAGACUACAUGGACCAUGAUGAAAGAUCGCGGAAUCGACGCCCUCGUAAACGAAUGCCUCAUCAACCCAGUGCUCACCAUGGGAGCCGUCUUCGUUGCAUAUCUCUGUUCCUUCCUCGCCUACCUAUACCUGACCUUCACCAAUCCAGCGUACAACGAUGGCAACGCCUUCACCGCUGUUAUCAUGGCAUUUGCGUUCUUGAUCGGUCUCCAGAUUGCGAAUAUAUUCUUGGUGCCGAUCAAGAGUGGUGUGGCGACUUUCUUCGUUGCGAUGGCUUUCGAUCCUCAGGUUUUGAUUAAUGAGUUUCCGGAUUUGUGGAUUAGGUUGGUUAAUGUUUAUCCUCAUGUACAGCAAGCUGUGCAUGUUUGAGGCGGGAAGGUGUGUGUUGGUGGAUGAGGAGAGGGUUAUAGGUGAGAGUAAUGUUCAUACAAUAACGAGAAGCGAAAGGGGGUGGGAUACAAAAACGGAGAUACCCGGACGGCGUUAUGGAUUGACCUGACUUCUAGGUCACGAACGAGGGAAUUAUUGAAGGGUGCUAUGAGUGUAUGCUCUACUUUUGUGUGGUUAUAAUGAAUG